CCUGAGCAGACAUUACGGAUCUACAGAUGUCCUAGUUCUGUUGUACUCCCACACCUUUAGAUCUCGAGCUAGACACGAUUGUGUUACUUGCUCAUUGCAUCGAAGGCAAAUCACAGGACCAUGAACUUUGUCAAUCCACCACCGGACGAUGGGAACCGCGACUACAGCGACAAUCUUGUGUAUCCCCUCGGGCAGGAAGUCGAUGUGAAAUGGACGCCGAGCGAAGUGGAAUCGCCGACCUCGGUCGUCAUGUGGCAAGUCAAUCUCACGACCGGGAAAUGGAUUGGGGAUUUUGAACAUGUCACACGGAGAACGGUCAAUAUCCGAGAAUGGGAGUGGUUCGUGGGAACUGGAAAAGACCUCGAUGUGUCGAAUGUGUUCUUUCUCAGCUUGUAUGAGGAUGAAAAAUCAGUGUCGACAGCAAAUAGUCGCUAUUUCAACAUCACCAAGGUCGAGGAGGACUUCAACGUAACAACCACGUCCACACCCACACCAACAUCGAUGAGCACGAGUACAACAGUCCCAGAACCGACAACAUCGGCAGACAACAAUCCGAAAAAAGAUGAGAUCGAAGAUGCGGAUGGGUCCUCAGAUGGCCUGAGCACGGCUGCUUACGUCGGCAUAGCUGUUGCGAUAGCAUGUGUCUUCGCCAUCCUGGCUUUCUUGUUUUGGUGCUGGUUCCGAAGACGGCGGAAUACAAGGAAUCCAUCUCAACAACAAGACUAUAUGGGGAACCCUGGCGACGAGAAAUGGAGCGACUCGGCUCACACGAGGGAGCUGGGACAACAAUGCUAUCCGGCAGAACUUGCGGACAAGGUACAUGGACCGCCAAAAGUCUACGAGUUACCGGCCGCAAGGUUCUCGAGGGCGGAACUGCCAUCUUAAUUAUCAGAUUGAACCUUUCACACGAUAGUUGACGUCCACCUGAGCGGCUUGCAUUUUGUCAAGCAUGUGUACGAAUAUAGUAUGAUGGG